UUCAGAAAAGCGAGGAAUAUUUGUGAAAUCUAUAAAUGAAGAUUCUUACAAAUAUGGCAUUCUUAGCAAAGGAAAAGCAAUGUGUACAAGUCAAUGACAAUAAGUAUCUUGGCGAUAAUCAAAAACAACGCUCCGAACGUGCUUCAAGCUUAGCUUUGCCUCAUAGUUCUUUGUUGGACUUUUAUGACAAACAACAAGAGCAGUGUAAUUCCGUGGCAUUGCUGCCUGUUAAUGCUAACAUGGUUGUAAGACGACAUUCGUCGCAUUACUAUCCAAUGUUAGAAAAUGAAAAUCAACAGCAGCAUCAGCAGCAAUAUCAUCAUCAACAACAGCAAAAGCAACAUGUAUCUCAACAAAACUCGUUACUACAUCAACAACCAUUUGCUGACUCUAGCGCUAUAAUGAAAACUGAUCCCAGUAGCGCUCCGAUUAAUAUUGAAAUUUCAUCUCCAUUUAUUUUGCAGCAGCAACAUCGCCUCUUGCAACAACAGGUAAAUUCUUUGAAUGCAACUUCAACGGCUACAAAGCGUUCUACAAAAAAAUCAUCGGAGCUAAAUCAAAAGCAACAACAAAUGCCGAAUCCAACAGCUUUAGCUACACCCCCACCUAUACCGAAGAGAACAUUUCGUAACAAAUUUAAUUGGAACUCGGUGAACAGCACAACUACAGGUGGAUUGAGAGGAUCUCCCACACCCCCCUCAUCGGCGGCAUCAAUAACUCAAACACCAACCAAAGGUAAGCAACAAAUGGCUGCAGGCACUGCUUUCAUAUAUCCACAGAACCUGCAACAUUUGCCAGCAACAGGCUGUGGUUUUGUAAAUCCAAACAUAAACAUUGAGGUCGACUCAUCAGCAAAUACGGGAGCGGUUUCACCACUCUAUGUUGACUUAAGGUCACGUUCUGUCUUCUCUGAGGGCGUUGCACAUAACUGUGGAAGUGGUUACGAUACAAGUGGUGCUUCCGAUGACGAUCGUAUGAGCUUGGAGAAUUCUGUGUUUGAAGAGUCGUUGAAUUCCACUCCCGUUAAAUUAUCAGCUAGUGCUCAAGGCAAACAGUUCAGUACUACUUUGGCGGCAAAGACUCUGGCUGCUCUAACUGGAGAUGUUAGUACAGCUCUUAAGAGAUCUAAUCGUUCAUCUAGCAGUACCGUUGAUUCAAGCAUCACGUCCUCGGGCUACGGUUCAUCUUCGCAUAGUGAACGCAUGACAUCGACAUCUACCACCGCCGAUUUUCGUAGUCGAUUUUCCAGUGUGGACACCCAAUCGUCGGUGGAUAGUUGCCUCACAGAGAGAACGUCCGCUGAUUCGCCAUUAACUAAGGAAAUGCCAUACAAAACAGAACGUCCAUUAAACAUGAUGACUGAUGUUCUGCACACUUUGAACAACAAUGAAAUGAAUUCAGACUUUAUGUCACAGCCGAUUAAUACGAUGGGGAAUAAUAACAACAACAACAACAAUAGCAUUUCAUUUAAUACGCAAAUAGGGCAAAAGGCAGCCAGUGUGCCAAGUGUUCCUGCACGUGGCGGGCAACGUAAAAAUCACCAAGAGUCGUCACAAUUUAAAUCGCAGAGCCAGUCGCAGCAAUCGCUCAACAACAGCAUCGAUUCCAGCAAUAAGGCCUCUUCGACAGUUCCGAAUUCAACAUCGACCUCAUCAACUGCUUCGGCAGGUUCGAGCAUAUCCACCGGUUCGUCAAUGUCAAUUUCAGCUUCAGGAUCGGGAAAUUCCCCACUAGCUCCGCAGCCCCAACAACCAAACUUGCCGCAUCAGAAACGUCCACCCAUACCUCCAGCCAGAGUACAAAAUUUUGAACUGCAAGAUUCGGUAAACAUAAAAAAUUACACGCCGCAACCAGCACUAACUAUUCGCAAUCAGUUGAAUCGCAGCAAGCGCCCACCUCCUAUACAAUAUCCUAAGCUGCACCAACGGCAGGAUUCCAACUUGUCCAGUGAUAGUUUCUCGGCUACCUCGAGUCCCGGCUAUAAUUCGAAAAAUCUUAUGGAUGCUCCAUUACUUCAAAAUGCAUCACGUAUUAAUAAAAGUAACGCAGCCAUGGCAGCCAUGCGACAUCAGGACUCAAACGAUAGCUUUGUUUUGUCAUCAACAAGAUUUGGUAGUUCUGGGCCGAUGGUGCCUCCACGACAUAAAUUUAAUUUUCGCCAAGAUUCCACAAUAUCAAGUGAUAGCUUUAGUCAAACAUCAAGUCCAGGUUAUAAUACCAAAAUUAUGGAGGCCCCCUUAUUGCCUUCGUUAUCAGUUAAACGGUUGUGCAACGUUUCUACACCCAUUAAUAUUAAGCAAAAAUUCCAAAAUGAAACUAUCGAUGAAUUGGAAAAUAAUGUUCCCAUGUCCCCAAUACCGAAAUGCGUUUCAACACCAGCCAGUCUGCAAACUAUAGUGAGAUUUCAAAAUGGUGCUCCCAAUACCAUGUCUUUAUCACAUCAGAUUAUAAGCCGCCGCAAAAGUUCAAACCCUUACAUAACGAAUGGACGCUUAAAGUUUCGAUUAUUUCAAAUACUUGUCAAUGCUUUGGCCCUACUAGCGAUUGCAGGAGGUUUGGCCGCUUACUUCAAUGCCUAUCCGACUAUAAAGUUUGUAAACAAAACCAUAAUUAACACGGUUCAUGUUGAGGACCCUAUGAGCUAUGGAAAAAACCCGGCACCUGGUACAUGUCUUCCUAUUAUAGUGAAAUUUUGCCAGGGUCCUCAAAUUCCCUAUAAUUUUACGGUAUUUCCAAACUACAUUGGACACUUUGGUCAACUGGAAACGCAAGUGGAUAUGGACGCUUAUGAAGCUCUGGUAGAUGUACGAUGCUAUGAAUUGGUGUCCUUGUUUUUGUGCACACUCUUCGUUCCGAAGUGCGGAACAACCGGAGCUACUGUACCCCCUUGCAAAUCUUUAUGCACCGAAACAAUGAGACGUUGUGGAUUUUUCUUUGAUGUUUUUGGUUUAAGUCUGCCAGAGUACCUGAAUUGUAAACUUUUUAAGGACUUUGAGAGUCCGGAUGACUGCGUGGGUUUAGAACAAGUGCAAAAUGCUAUGAUUGCCUCAGCCAAUCCCAAAUGCGAUGGUUUCUUGUGCGAUAACAACCGCUGCUUACCGCAAGAGUACGUUUGUGAUGGCAAUUUGGACUGUAUGGAUCAGGCUGAUGAAAAUAAGUGUGAAAUGUGUCCCAAGGAUCAGCUCUUCUGUGGCAACGGCAAAUGUGUAACCUCGGAUCACAUAUGCAAUGGAGUAAUGGAUUGUCCAUUUGGACAAGAUGAAAAAAAUUGCAUUCGUCUAAGCGAACGAAAUGGUGAUUUGGGGAAAGGAGUUCUGGAAGUUUAUCGCAUGAACACUCAGGAAUGGACUCCGGCAUGUGUUAAGAAUUGGGAUCGCGCUGUCUCACCAUCAGCUGUUUGUUCUAUGCUGGGUUACAGUGCUGUGAAUGCCACUAGUGUCAUAACUCAAAAGACUCACAGGCCAUUGCUAACAUCGGUCAAUGUUUCUACAGAUAUUUGGAAAACGUACUCCAAAAAGAAAUCCAAUCUGAUGAAGCAGUUUUCCAACUGCACGAAAGAUGAAGAUUAUCCUAUAGCUGAACUGACAUGCUCCAACUUUGAAUGUGGCAAAGUUAAGAAGCCAAAACGUAAGUUAUCGCGACGCAUAAUUGGUGGCGCCAAAGCCCAGCCAGGUUCAUGGCCUUUCUUAGUGGCAAUUUUAGGUGGCCCAGAAAAGAUAUUUUACUGUGCUGGUGUCUUAAUAUCUGACCAAUGGGUGUUAACUGCAUCACAUUGUAUUGGCAAUCACACUUUGAUUGACCUUGAAGACUGGACCAUACAAUUGGGUGUAACACGUCGCAAUUCGUAUACGUAUUCGAGUCAAGAAGUAAAAGUUAAAGCCGUUAUACCCCAUCCGUUAUACAACAUUGCUAUAAUACAUGACAACGAUAUUGCUCUGAUUCAACUUGUUAAACAUGUAGUAUUUCAUGAGCAUUUACUGCCAGUUUGUUUGCCUCCGAUCAAUAUGAAACAAUUAAAGUAUGAUAUCUUGUGUACGGUUAUUGGUUGGGGUAAAAGGCGUGAUAAAGACCCUACAGCCACCUAUGAACCCAUAGUGAACGAGGUGCAGGUGCCAAUUAUACGACGACAACAGUGCGAUGAAUGGCUUGAUAAUUUAACGGUUUCGGAUGGAAUGAUUUGUGCUGGAUAUGAAGAGGGCGGAAAAGACGCUUGCCAAGGUGAUUCUGGUGGUCCGUUACUUUGUCCUUAUCCAGGCGAAAAGGACAGAUGGUUUGUUGGUGGCAUCGUAUCAUGGGGAAUAAUGUGUGCACAUCCAAAAUUACCCGGCGUCUAUGCGAAUGUCAUCAAGUAUCUGCCAUGGAUUCACGAACAAAUACAGAAAAACUCUCGGGAAGAAACCUACUCAAAAUAUGAUGCACAUCCGGGCGGACCCGACAUACUCUCCAAUCUGGCAACAGUAUCACUCAAGAGCAAGCAGUCAUAUAACUUAAACAAUCGUAAUCCUUUCGAGGGUGAUUAUUACGAGAGCGAAGAGAAAAAAGUCAACGGUGAAUAAACAGCUAAAUAGACUCAAAGAGAACACGCAACCUGGGAGUGAGAAAAUUGAUUAUUUUUAAGUGAUCACAAGAAAAGGAUUUAUUUUUUAUGGACGAGAGAGAUAUCGGAAAAUAAAACAUAGUAAUUAAUACAUGAAUACAUAUUUCAAAAGCAGUAAUCAAUUACAAUUAAACA